AUGCUCAGUGCCACGGAGAGCAUCCUCCUUUCUGUUGUGAUUAGUGAGUCAAUCUUAGGCAUUUUAGGGAAUGGAUUCAUUGGAGCUGUGAACUGUAUCGAAUGUGUCAAGAAUAAGAAGGUCUCUGUGAUCAACUUUAUUUUUAUUGGUUUAGCUAUUUCUAGAAGUUGUCUCAUAUGGACCAUCAUUACAGAUGGAUGUAUACAGCUAUUUUCUCCACGUUUGUAUUUGACCGGCUCCCUAGUUGAGUACACCACUUAUUCUUGGGUACUUAGCAAUCAAACAUGCACUUGGUUCACUACCAGCCUCACUAUCUUCUAUUUCCUGAGGAUAGCCAAUUUUUCCCACCCUGUAUUUCUCUGGCUGAAGAUAAAAAUUCAUUGGAUUUUUUCUCUUCUGAUGGGCUUCUUGCUUAUUUCAUUGUUACUUUCUUUCCCACAAUUUGUCACAAUUAUUAGCAAUCAAAAAAUGAAAGAUACAAACAGAACUGGACUGCUCUCAGUGAAAACAGAUGAAUACAUUAGUAUGCAGGUUCUGCUGAACUUGAGUACCAUGAUACCCUUUGCAAUCACUUUAAUUAUGUGUUUCUUGGUGAUCAUGUCCCUAUGGAGACACAAGAAGCAGAUGCGCAGAGACCUCAGCACAGAGGCUCACGUGAAAGCAGUGAAAGUUUUGGUAUCUUUUAUCAUCCUCUUUGUCUUGCACUUCAUAGGCAUUGUGAUUGAAGCAACAUGCUAUGCUGUAGCAGAAAGCAAAGUGCUGCUUAUUUUUGGUUUGCAAGCCACAAUCACCUAUCCUUGGGGUCAUUCAUUUAUCUUAAUUCUAGCCAACAGAAAGCUAAAGCAAACUGCUUUGAGGAUACUGCGCCAAUUAAAGGUCUGGGAGAAAUGAGAAAAUUGCAGAACCACCUAA